AGCAUAUCCUACCCGCCGCCGUCGCAUUUGUCGGUUUCCAAAAUAUAACUUUCAUCGACCGCCGGUUCCUGACAAUUUCGGGAAAAUGCCGAGCAAGAAUAACAAGCGGAAGAGACCGGAGCGGCCAACGAUUCACCCGCAAAACAAGUACGCCGACAGUCAUCCGGACUUCGCUCUCCUGGCGUCUCUCUACCCUUCUUUCGAGCCUUUCGUUUUCUACUCACGCGACGGUCACCCUAGAAUCGACUGGACCGACUUCAACGCCACUAGGGAGCUUACCCGUGUCUUGCUCCUCCACGACCACAGCCUCAAUUGGUGGAUCCCUGAUGGGCAGCUAUGCCCCACUGUGCCCAACAGAUCAAACUACAUUCAUUGGAUUGAAGAUCUUCUGUCUUCUGAGAUCAUUCCAAAAAAUCAGACUCUUGGAGAUUUAGUUAGAGGGUUUGAUAUAGGCACUGGAGCAAACUGCAUUUACCCACUGCUUGGCUCCUCCCUUCUGGGAUGGAGUUUCGUCGGUUCAGAUAUUACUGAUGUUGCAUUAGAGUGGGCAGAGAGAAACGUCAACAAAAAUCCACACGUGUCUCAACUCAUUGAGAUUAGAAAGCUGCCUGCUAAAGAGUUGUCUGAUGCUCUUGCAGUAGAUCAUGAAAGCAGUGAGGUUGCAGGUGGCUGUUAUUGUGGGCCGCCUAUACUUCUUGGGGUAGUCAGAGAGGGUGAGAAGUUUGAUUUCUGCAUGUGCAAUCCUCCUUUCUUUGAGAGCACUGAGGAAGCAGGACUUAAUCCAAAAACUUCUUGCGGAGGUACUCCUGAGGAGAUGGUCUGCCCUGGUGGAGAACAAGCUUUCAUUACUCGUAUGAUUGAAGAUAGUGUUGUCUUGAAGGAAUCGUUUAGGUGGUACACUUCAAUGAUUGGCAGGAAAAUAAACCUCAAGUUCCUAACUUCAAAGCUGCGGGAUGUUGGAGUGACCAUAGUGAAGACUACCGAGUUUGUACAAGGCCAAACGUGUAGAUGGGGAUUGGCUUGGUCUUUUCUGCCACCAACUAAGAAGAUAUUACCGCCUGCUGCAGUCCAAAGAACCAAUAUUAGCUUCAUGCUUGAGAGGGUUGAUCGCCAAUUCAGUGCCAUGCAUAUAUUACAAUCAAUCGAGCCGUUAUUUCAGACCAACGGUGCAUCCUGUAAAUUGAAUGCCUCGUCAUUUACUGUUGAUGUAAGAACUGAAUCUCUCAGUUUAACCGAUGUAGUAAUCUGUUUUAGUGUUUGUAAUGUUUCUGGGGACUUACUUGCAGUACACUCUAAUUUACUAGAUCACUGCACCAAGGCUUCACUGUGAAGACCUCAUGAAGUAUGAUGCAAAAUGCAUUGAAAAACCGAUGGAGAGCAAACCGGUGGAGAAGGCUUCAGACAAUAUGAGUUUUCAAAUUUCAAUUUUCCAGCAGCAGCCAGGCACCUUGUUGGUGAAAGCAUCACUACAAAACAAAGAUUGUCCAUUUUCAGGAAUGUUCUCUUCGGUGAUCCAUAAGUUGGAGGAAAUUAUGAGGCAGAGAUUCUGUAAAGCAAGGGACUUACCUAGAUGAAGGACGCCCUUGGAGUUUCAAUUGAAGAGCAGCAUGCUGAUAUGUUCAUUAAGAUAAGGUGAGAGGUGAUAAGCAGCCAUCUUAAUCAAGUUUGAAAUGUCCAUAGAAGUGGAUUUCCCAUAAGAAUUCCCAUUGUAUCAAUAGGUCGGUCUCAUGGGUUUUAUGUUGCUCAUAGAUACCUGGCUGUAAACUUCAGGAGUUUGGUUUAUCAGUUACCACUUACCAGAUUAAAAUGAAUGUUCAGUGUAGCCAAGUAACCUUUUAGAAUAUAUUUUUUUCCUCCGAUUGAGAAAAAUGAUUCUGUUUUUGUGCGGCUAAGAAGGACAUCAAAAUUAUCAAUCGAUGGGAUGUCAAUUGUCUGCACCAAUCAUGAGAUGCCGAGUGGCCUAGUGCUGUCUCAUCCUUCCCGGUUGGAGCAAAUCCAAAGCUGUAAUCUGUACAUGAGUACAAUUGUCUUCUUUUUUUCAUAUUAUUUGGAAGUGGG